AGUAGCUAGAUAGGAAGGCAGGCCCUGCGAGGCACAGUUGGCCAUGGACUCGCUCCUGGCUGCAGGGCCAUUGCAGGAGGUGGACAGCCAAGACCGGUGCGAUUGCAGCGUCAGCCCGCUGCGAAGGUGGCGAGAAGUCGAAUUGAAUUCACCGGUGAAGCCUGGUGAGCGUAGCGGCGCGUCCAGUGUAAUUUACCAGGAUGCGCUGUACGUCUUUGGUGGCUACGGCGGAAGCGGUCGAUUAGACGACAUCUUCCGCUUUGACUUCCCGUCCAGGUGUUGGACGCGGUUAGAGGUCCAGGGUGCUGUUCCGGCUGGGCGCGAGAACAAUGGUGCCGUGGUUCAUGGGAAUAAGAUGUAUUUGUUUGGAGGCUACAGUGGCUUCACCUGGUUGAACGACUUCCAUAGCUUCAACUUUGACAGCAGUACCUGGCAGGCCGUACCGUCGGGGCACAAGGGCAGUGUUCCCUCCACCCGCUUUGGCUACGUCUCUGCCGUGCAUGGUGAUUUUAUGUACGUCUUUGGGGGCUACGACGGCUCGGCGUGGUUGAACGACAUGUUCGACUUCGACUUCGAGCGUGGCGCGUGGUUCUCGACGCAGGUUCAAGGUUUCAUCCCUUCCGGCAGGAGUUGUCCCAGCUGGGCGACCCAUAACGGAUCGGUCUACCUCUUCGGCGGCUACGACGGGGUGCAUCGGAUGAACGAUUUCCACCAGUUCCGGAUGGCCUCGAGGACCUGGUCCUCGGUCAGAUCCGCUGGACAGGUGCCAUCGCCCCGGUACUUUCACGCCAGUGUCGUCUAUGGAAAUUCGUUGUUCCUCUUCGGAGGAUACAGUGGACAGGAGAGGCUGAACGACCUCUAUGAAUUUCGGUUCGACUGCCAUACUUGGUUUGUGCUAAGCACGGAAGACCCGCCGAGCGGCAGAUCGUCCCUCGUUGCAGAGGUCUUCAACAAUUCGCUGUAUGUCUUCGGUGGAUACAAUGGCAGUAUCGUGUUGAACGACUUCUACGAGUUCCGCUUUGAGCCGGUCAGCGUUCCGCCUAGCAACCUCGUGGAUGAUUUGCGAAAACUCAUCAACAACCCUGCCUUUUCGGACGUCACGUUCAUUGUGGAGAACCAGUCCGUCUACGCGACGCGUGCCCACUUGGCGGCGCGCUCUGAACACUUCAGGGCUUUGUUCUACGGUGGGAUGCGCGAGUCGCAGUCAGACGCUGGAGAACAGAUUGUGCUGCAAGAUUUGGCACAUCCUGUGUUCCUCUUGCUGCUGGAGUAUAUCUACACAGACCAGGUGGGCGAUAUCUCAUCCGACCUGGCCGUACACCUGCUCAUUGCAGCGGAACGCUUUCUACUGGACCGACUAAAGGCAGUUCUUCCGGACCCCACGGCCACUCGAGUCUGGUUGGUCUUCCAGAACCAUGGUGAAGCCUUCCUGAUGCGGGAGGGCUAUGAGCCUGGCUGCUGGGAACUUCAUUGCAAAGAGAUGCCGGCAGGAGAGCCCUACGCCUUUCUGGCGGAAUGGGUGCAAGAGUUUCGACAUUGUGGCCAGUCUUCAUGUUUCGGCAUCCCUCACCCUGACGCCAUUGAGGUUGGCCUGGUCUCUUGGGACCUUCCCAGCACCGACCAAGCAGCUGUGGAGACGGGGGAAGAUGCGGAGACUGCUCGCGGGGCGGCCGAAGCAGAAUCGCCGAAGGAGCAGACAGAAGCCGAACAGCUUGGAUUGGCGGAGUUUCGCCUGGAGGCCGUGGACAAUCACCAUUUCUACUCGGUCACCGAUGGCAGCGGGGUGCGACUGAGUCUCUUGGUGGCUCCUCGGGUGGAUAUCAUCGGGGCGCAGGUCGCUUCCACGGACGGUGAUUGGGGCCCUUUGAGUUUGCGGAAGGUGAAGCAGGCCACGUCGCCGGUCCACGGAGUUGCGUCGGACACACCUUUCGAGCCGGGCAAAUGGCUGGGCGAUGCGCCGGAUUUCAGCAUCGACGGUUCGUCGGACUUCAUCCUGCGCGUGCAUCGGCGAGAUUGGCGAGCUGAUCCUUACGCACAUGGCCUUCAAGCAGAGGAGGGAUAUGGCUGGACGGGGUCACUCGGCGCUGAGGGAGUAGAAGCCCCUCCAGGUCCUUGUCUGUGGAGCCGAAAAACGGCUUCAGAGCUGCAAGCUCCGCCCGUCUUUCAACGCUGCGCCGAUCGGGAAUUGGUCCUCUACGAACUGCACCUCGGCAGCUUCACUGGCACCGGCACCUUGCGCGACGCCGCGGAGCGGCUGGUCCACGUGCGCGACCUGGGUUGUACCGCCAUCUCUGUGAUGCCCAUUCAUCAAGAUGCGCGACGGAAAUGCACUGGCGAGGUUGAUCGUUGGGGCUACGACGUGAUCUCCUUCAUGGCGGUGGACAGCCUCUACGGGAGCCUGGAGGACUUGGUGCACUUCGUGCAGAAGGCGCAUACGCUGGGAAUGGCUGUCUUCAUCGAUUUCGUUUGCAAUCACAUGAUGUGGGGAGCGCCGCACUUGUACGGACCCCAAAUGUUCUUGACAGAGGAGACUGUGUGGGGGCCACGGCCCGACUUUUCAAAGCCUCAGGUCCAACGUUACAUCUUGGCCGCCGCUGAGCUGUUGUUGCAGCGCAUUGGCGUGGACGGUCUUCGCGUGGACUCCACGAAAUCCAUCCGGAAGUAUCCCUCGGGUGACCAAGACAGCUUUGGAGCGUCUUUGCUGUCCGAGUUGGUGGCGCUCUGCAGGCAGCAGGGGAAGUUGGCCAUUGCCGAGGACCUUGAAGAUGGCGAUGGACUGUUGCAGUGGGGUGGAAUUGGUUUCCAUCUGCAAUGGGACAUGGCCCUUUUCUGCUGGAUCUAUGAUGCCCUGGUGAGUCCCUUAGAUGAGUUCCGCAAGGUGCACAUGGUGGUGAAGGGUCUGGUCGGUUUGGCGCCGGGGCGUGGUCAUGCUUUGCGCGGCAGGGUGGUCUUCAUGGAAAGUCACGAUACCGCUGCCUGUGAUCGCUAUGGUCGUGUCCCCGCAGCGGUGCACAAUGGCAAGUCCUUCCUACCUGAGGGUGUUGAGGAAGCUGGCGACGCCUUUCAGCAAGUCGGAAAUGCUAUGCCUUAUCCCGAUGAAGAAGAGGUGGCACAGAACCCCUAUGCUGCACGUCGGACAGCUCUAGGCCUUGUCUUAGUGAUGACGGCUCCAGGAAUUCCCAUGCUGCUGCAGGGACAGGAGGUCUGCGAAAGUCGACCUUUCCAGUGGCCUCACGGCCCUGCCCUGGACUGGAAGAGGGUGAAAAACGCCAAGGGAGAUGCUGCCACCUGGCUUCAACUGUGCCGAGAUCUCAUUGCCCUCCGGACGGGCAAGGGACAGCGAGCCACCUGCGAACUGGGUGGCUCACCUUUGCAAGGAGAUGGCGUGCACGUCUUCCUGGAGCAUGGUGGGAUCUUGGCAUAUCUCCGCUGGUUUGAAGCGGAGGACAGCCGCGAGCGGCGCCAUUGUCGCGCGCGUCUGGCACUGGUCGCGGUGAACUGGCGGAACCAAAGCUAUGAACGCUACAGUUUCGGAGUCCCGCCGUCCAAAAGCUGGUGCCUAGCGCUGCCGGACGUGAUCAAACUCCGCGCGACUCCAACGGCCUUAAAUAUUGACCCUCAAAUCUAUGCCUCCGAAGAUGAAGGACUAGAGAAAGUCAUUGACAAUGCUGGUGACAAGUCCAUGCAAGUGAAGUAUGAUAUGUCCAUGAAGAACCAAUUGUAUGGGAGAAGUGGGGACUUCAUCAAGGGACGAGAACUAUUCGCAAUGAUAUUGAUUAUCAAGUCACCUGAUCACACUGAAGUUCUCUACAACGCCCAUCAUUUGUAUAUGUUCAACUACUAUGGAGAUGACCAACUUGAGGCCUUCUACAACAAGUGGCUUGACAUCGUAUACAACAUGAAACAUGAUGAUCUGCCUUCUAACAAUUCCCUGCGUGACACGUUGUUCCGGAAGAUUGAACAUUCAAAACUUAUGGCCUUUGAUAUCAACCGAUACAAAACCUUUGAUGAAGGGCAUCCUGAGAAGACCUAUGCUUACCUAACUGGUAUGAUCAAAGGAUACAUAGCACGAGGAAAGCAAGAACGACUGUUGAAAGAUAGAGAACUGAAACUGUCAUUGUCCUCUAACAAGACGACACCUGCCCUGGAAGAUGCUGACAAACCUGCCGCUCCCAUCAAGACCAAGAAAGAGAAUGAAGCAGCUGCAUCGUCUACAGGUGAUCCUCCCAAACGACCUAAGGCGAAAGCGAAGAGUGAAGCUGCAUCAGUACUUCCAACACCUUCUCCGAAAUCUCAUGCCGACAAGAACAACAAGAAAGGCAAAGAUGACGAAGAACAUGACCACGAUGAGCUUGAUGACGGAGACGACGGUGGACCUGGACCAAGUGGUGGAAAAGUUUCAAAGAAGCCUCUUGAUGACUCCGAGGAUAUCUUCGACAAAGACAAAGAUCCAGAAGAGAUGACCCUACAGGAACUGAUCGACGUCCAUGUACAGGAGGUUCACCAUGGAACCGAAUCAACCGAUGGGUAA